AUGCGGCCGCAAGGGCGGAAGCUCGCUCUCAUUCUCGAAUGGCAGCCAAGGCGAUCAGACCUAGGAGCGGACUUCAACCCGGAGUGGUACAGCGGCACGAGCGUCGGCACGCCGGAUCCAAGGACGCCACAUAGCCACGUGGUCUCCCACAAAGCCGUCAAGCGCAUACCGCGCCCCGAGCAGCGCCCCCAGAGCGGCCCAGCAGCGCCCAACAAGCGCCCAGUGAUCGGCGUCAGUGCACCACCAGCGGCACCCACCCACGUGCCCACCAGGAGCACGCACAGCGCGGGCACCGCGCCCUCAGCAGCGUCACCCGCGCCGCCAGCUGCGCCAUCAGCAGCGCAGACCCAGCAGCGUCCCGCGCCGUGCAGUGCCACCCACGUGGCCAUCAGGUACCCACAGAGCGCCACCAGCAGCGCCAACAGCAGCGCCAACCGCGCCGGACACGUGGUCACCAGCCACACAACGAGCGUCACCAGGAGCGCGCAACGAGCGGCCCCGCGCCCUCAGCAGCGUUCAGCGUCCAUCGGGCGGCGUCAUUUGCACCACCGAGCGCCACCAGCAGCGCCCACAGCAGCGUCCUCAGCGGCAUCCGCGCCCAACGCACAGCCCCACGAGCGGCUACCACCGAGCGCCAUCAAGCAGGGCAACAGUCGUGCCCACCGAGCGCUCACCACACCGAUCAGCGCUGCCGCGCAUCAGCCGCGCCACGGGAAGCGCCCACCACGUGCUCACCAGGAGUGCCCAACAGGCGGCAUUAGCAGCGCCAACCGAGCGCCAAUCACCGCGCCCACAGCAGCGCCCAUCAGCAGCGCCCAGCCGCGCCCUCAGCAGCGCCAACCGCGCCGGAUACGUGGUCACUAG